AACUAUAACAGUCAGCUAAAUCAGGAAAGCUUAAACGAAAUGGUAAAUGUCCCGUUUCCCGCCGGCAAUCUGGAUUUAACGCUGCGUUUGAUCGGAUUGACUUUAAGUCACCGCAGCUGAUUUCUGUAUUCCUCUCCACGCAGUGUGUUGUAGUCUCAGCUCUUUCAUUCAGCUUUUUAGGUAGAUGUUUUCACAUUAAUGCUGUGUUUCCUGCAAAUCAGCUGACAACCACAAAGACGAGGAGUCCUCAGGAAAUAAAUCCUCCAAAAAAUGCACUGUCGCGUCUUUGGCUCAAGGUGGCAGCAGUUCAUUGGAGACAGGCUGCUGCCGUGUUCCCGUCAUCCCUCGUUGUCUAGCUGAAGCGACAUCACGAGGGGAGGAAGAUGAUGAGGAGGAGGAGGGUGGUGCAGUCAGUCCUCUGAUCUCCGCCCGUCUGUAUGGAGGAUGUGGUUCUGCACUAUCAGCCUGGAUCAGCUGCUGGGCUCGGCCCUCUGUUAGAGAGGACAGAGAGGCUUCUGGAGUCUUUCCCCUGUCGGACUCCUCCAGCCUUCAGCCCCUGGUUCCCCUCCGCCGCGGACCGCCACCUGCCCAUCAGACCUGCCAAACCAGCUCCCGUCAUCACCUCCUCGGCUGAUUUACUCGUCUCCGACAGCAGGGCACGCGCUCACACAGCACACAACAAACCUGAAACCGACGGUCUUGUUGCUGAAAGACCUCAGGAUGGUCCACGUGCAGGGACGACCAGAACGCCACCUGAAAGUCCACAAAAACCCAGAGAUGGCGUCUGCGUCUCAGAAACCCCAAACCAUCUCCUCCCUGCCUCACUCUUUAGCACGCCGGAGAGGGAGAUCACCAGACUGUCUCCUGAAAAACACAAAGACGGCUUCCCCGUCACAGACUCAGCGGUCAAACGGUCCUGGAGCGUCUUCACGCAGAAAGGAGUUCUGCUGCAGAGCUCCCAGUCGCUGUCCAAGCAGUUCCAUCACAUGGUGUCCAUCCACAGGCUCCACCUCCGCCAGAGGGCCAAAUGGGUGGUCAGUCAGCACAACUGGGGGGCGGCCAGGGACAUCGAACAGGUGUGGAGCGCUCUGAGCCGGUCCGUCCGGCGCCGCAGGCUGUCGACGUGUAACGCCAACAUCCAGCGGGAGCGGGCGGAGAUCUGGGUGUUCUGCGACCUUCUCUGCUCUGAGCAGGUGGGACGCGCCCUGAAGGACGAGCUGCAGCUGUCGGGGAGGAUCAGCCUGUCGGUUCACAGGCUGGGAAACAUCUUCAGCAUGUAGAGCUGAACUCCGGCCCCGAAGGUUUUUACAAAUACGACAAACAGAUGAUCACACUAAGAUGUCUCCAACUAACAUAUUUAUAUUUUAUCAUCGACCUCUGAGACUCGUCACAACUGCGGUCUUAAUGAUGAACUAACCCGUUUACUUGAUAUUUGAUCUGUUUUUUUAACUACUGGUCAGAUUUCCAGUAUGUAUAUAUUUUUGCUCCCGAGAGGAUGAACCCUAAUGAUUUUAUUGAUCACCUUUCCCAUGAACUCGGUGCAUCUUUGCUCCAAACUCCCUGUCGUGCCCAUAACGACGAGAUAUUGUCUUUUAAGCUAAAGGUCAUCAGUAAGUGAGGUCAGCAGUCUGUCGGGACUCACCCAGAUACUCGACCUGCGUUUGCCGAGUUCACAUUACUGCUGAGACUCGCUUACUAACGAGGGAACAACACUGAGAGUUAUUGAGAGUUUUAUGUUUAUAAAAAUCUGGGGGGGGGUUGAAACCUCAAACACGUUUGGUUUUUUUUGUGCCAAAUUCCAGUCUGUGUUGUAUAUUUAUGAAUUUGAGAACAAAUGUUUAUGAUUGUAUUUUUUCAUACUGGUUUUCUAAUCACUAAAUAAACGUGUAAUAUUUUUAAUAUAA